AAGCCGCUGCCUUGCCCUCCCCUUGAGCCCUCUUCGCAGACAAAAAACGCUGGAGUGACUGCCCUUCCCCGCCAGGUCUGAGCAGACCCCUCAUCCCGGCCGUUUGUCUGUUUCAUCCAGAAGUGAAGGCAGCACUUUGAGGUGAAGCGUCCCCUCCCCGGUGUCCCAGCAGGCAGGCAUGGCAGACGGACGGCAGCCAGACGAGCACUGGACCUCAAACGGCCAGGAGAAUGGCGAGAACGGCUACUCCGCCUACAGCUCUGCCUACAGGGAGAACGGAUACCACGGCGGGGCAGCUGCACACCCUGGAACGACAGUGGAUGACUCAGCCAAUUUGCCUCCCUCCCCUCCCCCCUCUCCAUCCGCUGAGCAGAUUGGGCCCGUGGCACAAGCCCAGCCAGAAGAAAGUGUCAGUAAAGCUACGUGCGAGUCGGCUGCCGCGAAAGAAGAGGAAAUUGGAGUGGUGUCAGCGCAGCAAGAGGCGGCAGGUGAAGGGGCAGAACUUGAAGGCACAGAUGUAGCCUCGAUUGAACCCUCUCCGCCCUCUGUGGAAGAGAAAGAUCCCUCUGAAACCUGCUCAAGUGAGAAGCAAGAAGGUCUGUUAAAAGAAUCUGCAGAAAGCCAUGUGGAGUCCAAAGCAAAAGAAGUAAAACAGACUUCACAGGCAGGAGAGUUAUCAGAUCAAAAGGAGGAUGAAAGAGAGACAGAUAUCGCAGCAAGUGAAUCAGAGACUCCUAGUGUUGAAAUCAAGGUAAUAAAAGAGACAGUAAAUGAGGACGUCCAAGUUAAAGACGUCACAGUGGAUGAUCCUCAGGUGAGUGACACUCAAAGGCAAGAAGAAGUCAAGUCAAGUCCCACACCUUGCACAGAGUCUGAAGCCAAAGCAGAUAUUUUUCCAGAUCAAGAUUCAAGAGCAAAAACCUACUUUGAGACAUCCUCCAAAAGCAACCAAGAGGACUCACCGCAAACCCAAAGCUAUUACGAGCUCAGCACGGCAGCAGAGACACAAGCGCUUGAGGAACAGCAGGAGACGAACGCAGGAACGACUUCUUGUAAGGAGUCCACGGAACAAAGAAGCCUCUCCUUGAACGUUCUGGUUGGAUCCUCUGAAGCACAGAUCGAGGAGGGAGAGAAGUCAAAGGCCUCACCAGAAAGCUUGGGUCCAAUCAGUGGGAGUUUUGAUGAACCUGAGGUAAAUCCUUCAACACCAGCAGCAGAAAGCCAAAGUCAGUCUCCUCCGGUUGUCUCCAUCACCCAAACUACCACAGAGUCAUCUGAGGAUGUCUCCAACAAGGAGGACACGCCUUCCAAUAAGCAUGAUUCUGGAUUUGAACGUUCAGGGAGCCUCUCUGAGAUGUUGGACCUGGCUGGAGCUCUGCCUUAUCCGUCUCAUGAGAGGAAGGAGCUUGACCACAUGAGACGAAAGUCCAUGCCCUGCAACGUAUCCGCUCUGGUGGGAAGUUCUCUAGCCAAGCUCGCCUUGGGGGAUCAAACAGUAGAGGUAAUAGGAGAAAGCCCGCUUGAGGAGCUGGGCUACUGUGUCUUCAAUGAGUACUCGGGACCCAUGCCUUCACCUGCUGAUGUACCAAGUCCUGGGGACUCCCCGCACCAGCGUUUCCCUUCUGCAGAGAGUGAAGUUGAGGAAGAACUUGAGGCCAAGGUGGUUGAAGGUGUUCAAAAAGUAAUGCAGCAGCAACAAGACACUAAAGGAGUUAUCCCUGAAAUCACUCAAAAGACAGUGCUAGAUAAGAAAGAUUCACCAAAGAAGACUUCCAUGAUUCUUGAAAGAGCUGUCACAAGUGGAAUAAAGCCGGACCGCCUAAGAAUCCCGAUGACUUCCACCAAAGACAGACUGACUGAGUUUCGUUUGGAGACUGGCCUACCUGGUGACAUAAAGAUCCAAGCAAUCCCAGAGGUAGAGAUUGAAAAAGACCCCUCCAGAGAGGCAUCUCCAAUCCCACCUGACACCUCCUUUACUUUCAGUUCGGCUGAAACUGGAAUCGGGACUCCCCAGACUCCAACCACCCCUAAAUCCCCAGUUGAAACCUCCCCAGAAACCAGAGUCAGUGAAGAGAGUGCCUUACAAGAGGCCAGGGCAGAAGAGAAACCAGAGUCUCAGACUGCUGAUGAUGAAUCGACAAAGUCGGAUGGGAAGGAAACCAUUGAGGAAACAGAAACAGCUAACCAGCCUUCUGUAGCAUCUCAGUCCUUGAAAGAGGGCACAGAUAAGGGUGAGCAUGGGACACCUGUGAGAUUAGAUAGAAAUGGAAAGCAAGAUGUUCAACUUUUAAGCCCUGAGAAGCCCGUAAAAUUAAAGUUACACCAAGUUCCUCUGGAUAAAGCGUCACCAAAGCCCACAAUAUCCUCCCCGGUCAUCAUUAUACCUCAAGCACAAGUCGAGGAGGAAGGAGACGAGGAUGAUGAUAUUGAGAUUGCUGAAGAGCCUCAAGAGAUGAUGGAGGAACCUGAAGUGCCUGCGCUUACUAAGACAGAUCAAGCGAUCAAAGACGGCGGGAUGGGAGAGCAGAGGAAAGUCACGCUCAUGGUAGAGGAUCAGUUGGUGGAUGAAGAUCCCAAAUCUGGAGCUGAAGAGUGGAGUCACAGCGCACAGAACAGUGACGGGGAGCCGGCGACGGACAGUUCACACUUGUCGCCAUGCUCGGAUCACGAUCAACCAGCUGAAGGUAGUAGAAAUGAGGAGAUGAGAGAGGAUGAAGUAGCAGAGGACGUUCCCAAGGUGGAACAGAAAGACCAAACUAAAGAGGAGGUUUGUUCAGAUAAGGUACUUGAAGAGAAAAAAGAGGAAGCCAAAGAAGAAGAGGAGAGAUUAGGUAAGGCAGAACAAGAGAAAGACAUAGAGAUCGGUCAGGAGAUGGAGGAGGCAGCUAACGAUGAAACCACCAUGGAUGUCUCCGUCCUAGACACAGACAGUGGCUGGAUGGACUCACAAGAUGAUGACAAAAGUAUCAUGACAGAGCAAAUCGAAGCCCUUCCUCAGAUCCAGGGUCCUACCAGUACUCCUGUGGUGGACAAACCCGCUAAACGGGCUCCUGGCAGAGGAAGGGGCCGCCCUGGUACGGCUGAGAGCAAAGGGUUCCGCAAAGUACCCAUCCAUCACCCACCAAGAGAGGAGAUGAAGAAGAAAAAAGUAGCCAUGAGGAGGGCUGACCAGAAUAAGGUGUCAGCCCUCCAAAGUCGUUCCCCGUCUCGAAAGAUUGUAGCCAAAGCGGCGGCCAGACAUCCUAGGCCUGCUCUGCUUCACGGCUCUGCUAGACGCAAGGCCACAGGGAUGGAGAGCCAUCAGCCCCUCAGUGUGGCCCACCAGUCCAGGGAGAGGACCACUGAGAGAGCAUACCGCAGUCCAGAGAAGAGGUCGUCCCUGCCCAGGCCUGCCAAGUCUCUGACACGCCACAUCCCUGCUGCUGAACAGGAAGACAACAGCACCCCCUCCAGGCCGACCUCGUUCCAGUCCAGAGCGGACAGCAGGACUGGGAGAGCCCCUGGUAUGGCAGGCUCAGAAUCGGCACGUUCCCGAUCCGUCCGCAGCGGAGCCUCCACCCCAGGCUCCACGGCCGUCACGCCCGGCACACCCCCCAGUUACUCCUGCCGCACCCCCGGUUCACGCACCCCCGGCAGCCACACGCCCAAGUCCUUCAGCGUCCUCCAGGAGAAGAGGGUGGCCGUGAUCAGAACCCCGCCCAAGUCUCCAUCCUCGGCUCAACGGCAGCUGAAGGUCCUCAAUCAGCCCCUGCCUGACCUGAAGAAUGUAAAGUCCAAGAUCGGGUCCACCUCCAACCUCAAGCACCAGCCGAAAGGCGGACAGGUCAUGAUCCCGAGCGUCAAACUGGACUUCAGCCACGUUCAGGCGAAGUGUGGCUCCAUGGACAAAAUCCAGCACGCGGCAGGAGGCGGAAACAUCCAAAUCCAGAGCAAGAAGAUCGACUUGAGCCACAUCACUGCCAAAUGUGGCUCCAUGUCCAACAUCCGCCACAGACCAGGGGGAGGCCACGUGCGCAUCGACAAUGUGAAGCUGGACUUUAAAGACAAGGCCUACGCCAAGGUCGGCUCCAUGAGCAACGCCAGCCACACUCCUGGAGGCGGGAACAUCAUGAUCGAGAGCCACAAGCUAACCUUCCGGGAAACAGCUAAAGCUCGGGUGGACCACGGUGCAGAAAUCAUCAUCACCCACUCCCCCGGGGUGGAGACUGGAGGCACCUCUCCCCGUCUGUCCUCCGCUGGCAGCAUCAACGUCCUGGAGUCGCCACAGCUCUCCACGCUGGCCCAGGAUGUCACCGCUGCCCUCGCCAAGCAAGGCUUAUGAGCUGUCUGUUUCAAAAAAACCUCCUCAAAAAGAACCCCACCACUUCUUCUCUUUCUCUAAUCAUUCAGUGUUUUCCUGCAGUCCUUGAAAGCAACACAACCCCCUCUGAUCAACAGCUUUUCCUGUCCCUCCAGCAGGAUCUCAAAAACUUAUUCUUCAUUCACUCCCUUAAAAAGGAACACACUUCUUUUAUUUCUUUUCAUUCACUCUUCUCCCUCCAAGUGUGGACUUUCUGAUUCUGUUCUAGCUAGAAUACUAAGGAUGUUAAGAUUUGGAUGGUUGGUUUUGUCUGAGAAGCAUUGAACGGUUUUUACAAUUGUACAGUGAUUUUUUGUUUUUAGCACGAAAAGCAUCACAUUCCACUUGUAAGGGGAAUAAAACUCAACUCAUGCAUAAUUUCCAUUGGUACCUGGUGCAAGAUACAACCAUUAGAUUAUAUCCAAGUGUGGGAGAGGACUUGGAGUGUGUCUGUACCUGCAGGAGAGAGGCUGCGUGUAUGCUUACAAGACAACAUGAAUUUUGUUGGUUGUUCAGUUGGUUCGUUCACGAUUCCCUGAUACGUAAUGAAAUGUUGGACAAAAUUGUGUUUUCUUUUUUUAUAUAUAUGUCACUGUAGUGGAAGUUGUUCCAGUUUUUGUACGUUCCCUGUGGCUGCACUGGCUUAUUAGCACGUAAGCUGUUGCAGUUGUGUCGCUAAAAAAAGGCUAGCUUUCCAAUAGAUCUUUCUUUUGGUUUCUUGUUUCUGAAAAAAUCAAUUGGCUGCUCUUCUUUUUUGGUUCCGUUCUUGCAUUAGCUCUGUGAUUUUAUUAGGCUACAACGAUGCUGUUAUGCUGGCAUGGCAAUUAAAUGAUAAAUAAAUUAGAUCUAUUUGGAGCAAAUCUGCAACUUUUCAGUGUGUGGGGUGCAUUUUAGUGUUGAAAGACCCGGUUCCCUCACAACAAGUUGAUGAUGUGACCUUUCUCUUUUUGCAGAGUUGUACUUGUACGAUGUAUUUGAAUGCGUAAAAAGUUAAUUUGAAAGUGGGAAGCUUUAUAUGAAAACAUUCCAGUUGAAAGAGCAGCUACCUGGCCCGUGUUUUCUAGGAUUGAACUUCACAGAAGCAGAAAUGACCCUCAACUUACAGCUUUUAGAAAAAGAUAUUUUAAAAAACAAGUUUCUCUGCUCACCAUUGUGAAACUCCUCUGCCUCCCCCCUCCUCCUCCUCUUCUUCCUCCUCCCCCUGAUGUCGUUACCCUUCCAGUGUUUUUCUGUGCUUCCUAUACUCUCGCCUCCAGACUUCCCCAGCCCCCUAUUUUGCCUGUGUAAGUGUAUUUAAAAGACCAUGUAGAUGUGUGCACACUUUUUCCGAUGUUUGAGACAUACUGAUGACAAAUGCUCCUACAGGUUGAUGACAACAGAAAUAAAGAAAAUAAAAACUGG